AUGUCGUACAGAACGAGGCGUGGCAGCACCGACGCAACUGCCAGCGGCUGCCGCUCCGCCACCUUCGCGACUUGCAGUGCCAGUGGAUACCCUGGGUCAACGCAAAACAUGUCACUGCUCUUCCGCCAAGCGCUCGUGUCUCCUCCUUCGUUCUCUGCUGCUGCCGCUGCUGCUGUGUCUGCAUCGCCGUCCUCGUCCUCAUCGUCGUUCUCAUCACCGCAUGACGUGUCGCUCUCGUCCACGCCGUCGCUGGCGCCGCUGCUGUCCUCGUCAUCGCUUUCGUCGUCCGAUGCGGCGCGGCCACUGUCGGCGACGACAACCCGUACAGAGUGUGUCCGGCGCUUUACCGUAAUUGACGCCGUCACGACGCGCAGCCCCGCGGCAAUCAACAUGCGGCGGAGGCUGAACCGCACCUUCCGUCCAUCCAUCGCCGGCACCUCGUGGCCAUGCGCGGCGAAGAUGGCAUGGAUCGCGUCCUCCAGCACAAGCCGCCGCUCCGGAGACGACACGACGAUGCGGCGCGCCACGCACGGGUCGAUGGCGAUGCGGGAAAGCCGCAGCUGCUCGCGGCGCCGCGCCAGGUACGUCUCAAGUGGCCGAUGUCGCUGCCCCGGCUGGUCGCACGGCGGCGGGGCGGCAAAGUGCGGCAUUAGGUACGGCACCAUCGGCUCCGUGCUGGACUCGCACACGUACAGCACGCGUAGCCACUGUUCGCGCAGCAGAUGUCGGAUGCCAAUACCCAAGCCGGACGCGGAUGCUCGUCGCUCCCGCUGUCCGCCACCAGUACCGCUGCUGCUCCUGUUGUUCUGGAAUCGGCGAAAGCCCGUCACGAGGUGGUCGCACGCGUAG